AUGGCUGAGGUUCGCAGUUUUACUGCUCGACCUUUGUCGAAACAAACGGCGCGGAAAGAUUUGAAAGAUGCCUUUCGGGUCUAUCUUAAUUCCUCAUCGCUGGCUGCGUUGAGGCUGCAAACUGAGAGCAUCUGCACAUUAAGGCAAGCUGAUGGGCCACCCAAGACUGCUAUAGCAUGGUAUGCAGCAGAAAAUAUUCAAAAUACUGUCAUGCAAACAUCAAGGACCCUGCAAGAUUGCUACGGUAUCAAAAUUGGAGAAAAAGUUUCCAUCACCAAGGUCGAUGGCUCACUGGAGGACAUCGAAUUGGUGACAUUAGCAGAUUCUUCGGAUGCCGACAAGAUCGACAAGUACGGUCCCAUCUCGGACGCCGACAGGCCUCACUGGGAAUGGGCCUUGGAUGAAAAGCUUCUCAGAUGCGGCUCUCUGACAACAGGACUGACCUUCGAACUGGAGCUCAAGGGCCAGCCCAGGAGUUUCCGAGUGGUCAACAUCCGCUCUAAGAAUCCCAACUCCAGCCACACAUUGUUCCAGUUCACAGAGGCUUCCAGAAUCUCUCUUGGAGCAGAAACGGAAGUAUCUACGGCAGAUAAGCCCUCUGACAUUCAAGUCCAGUCUGUUGGCCUUGGAGGUCUAUCCCGCCAGAUCGAGGACAUCAAUGAGAGCUUGUCUGAUUUUAAAAUUGAUCCGCGGAAACCAGCGAUGCCAUCAUUUUACGAGAACACCCGAGGCAUUCUACUCUACGGACCAAAAGGCACUGGCAAGACAAGCCUUUUGGAACAGAUCGAGAAGGCUGGCUGGAGACAAGUUUUCAGAAUCGGGACCUCCUCUCUGGGCAGAAGUACCAGUGAAGGUGAGGCCAAGCUGCGCAAUAUCUUCCAGGAGGCAGCUCGCUCUAAACCUAGUGUGAUCAUCAUCGACCAGCUGGAAUUUAUUGCCCCAAAGCGAACCUCUUUCGAAUCUCAGUCUCUUGCAUCUGUCUUGUGUGAAAACUUAGAUGCCCUUCGAGGUACAUCAAUACUAGUGGUAGCCGCAACACGGCACCCUAACCAGGUGGAUGACGCCCUCCGAACUCCCCAUCGACUUGGGACGGAGAUUGAACUGCAAGUUCCAACCGCACAGGACAGAGCGGAAAUUUUACGUGCCAUUCGUGGACCAGUUUCUGCUGGCUUAACUGAUGAGCUCGUGGAGCUCCUGGCCGAAAAGACACACGGAUACGUAGGGGCUGACCUUUUCGCUCUCCUGCAACUAGUCUGUCGCAAAGCUCGACAACGGCAACUGUUGGAAAAGAGUUCCCCUGUAACAUCGGCCGACUCCACGAUAGAGCCCCAUAGCUCACACCCUGGGAGUGAUAGCGUGGGUGACAAGGCCAUUCCGCUGGUGAUCCAGGAGCCAGAUAUCAUGUCCUCUCUGCAGGAGAUUCGUCCUACUGCCAUGCGGGAAGUUUUCCUAGAGACCCCCAAGGUUAGAUGGUCGGACAUUGGUGGACAGCAUGAGAUUAAAAGACGUCUCCAACAAGCAGUCGAGCGACCUUUGAAGUAUCCCCAACGGAUGCGCAGACUCAAUGUCAAUAGCAAAAAGGGUGUUCUUCUCUAUGGACCACCGGGUUGUUCAAAGACGUUGACAGUGAAGGCCCUGGCAACCGAAGCUGGGUUGAACUUUUUGGCAGUCAAGGGCGCCGAGAUCCUUAGCAUGUAUGUUGGAGAAUCCGAGCGGUCAUUGCGAGAGAUUUUCCGAAAAGCUAGAGCUGCAAGGCCUAGCAUCAUAUUUUUCGACGAGAUUGAUGCCAUUGCCGCGCGACGCGGCAGCUCCCAGGGAGGUGUCAACGUUUUGACGACUUUGCUGAAUGAAAUGGACGGCAUUGAAGAGCUCCGAAAUGUACUGGUCAUUGCGGCCACCAACAAGCCCGAUGUUCUAGAUCCGGCUUUGAUGCGCCCUGGAAGAUUGGAUAACAUCCUCUAUAUCGGCCCGCCAGACGUUGAAGCGCGCAAGGAAAUCUUACGCAUCUGGGCCAACAAGUCCGUGGUGAAUCCGGAGGUCGACUUGGACAACCUGGCAAUUCUGACCGAGGGAUACUCAGGUGCAGAGAUAGUCAGUGUCUGUGAAACUGCCGGAGAUGCUGCACUCGACGAAGAAGAGGAGACUCAGCAGGAGCAGGAUGUGAAGUGGAAGCACUUUGAAUAUGCACUGGGACAAGUGCGGCGCCAGAUUACGGAUGCUGUAAUCAAAGAUCUUCAAGAUGUCCAUGAGAUCACCUCGUGGUCCUUCACCACGACGCUCACUCGAGCAGGACCGAGCGCGAUCGCGGUCGCGUUCUUCGGAGUCCGUCCCAUGGACGUCGCGAUCGCUAUCGCUCAAGAACCCGAUCCCCCUCUCGUGGCAGAACCCGAUCCCGCAGUCGCAGCCGAGGUGGUCGUCGGUAUCAUAGCAAGAGUGACAGUCGGUCACCCAGUCCGAAUCAAAGCCCCCGAGAAGUUCCAAGAGAAACUGACCAAAAAUGUUACGGAAAAUCACAUCCGAGAGAUCUUUGGGGACUUUGGAGACAUCGAGUACCUCGAUCUUCCAAUCAACAAGGCCUUUAUGACCAACCGCGGAACGGCGUAUAUUCUCUAUUAUGACCCUGCCGAUGCAGAGGCCGCUAUUGCUCACAUGCACGAGGCUCAGCUUGAUGGGGCCAUCUUGAAUGUUUCAAUUGUUCUUCCCCGACGGAAAUUCUCACACUCGCCGCCCCCUGCAUCAAACCGUGGGACUGGCGGCCGUCCUAGAUAUGGCCGGGGACCAUAUGCAGGCCAGCAGUCUCCGCCAAGGAGACACGGAGGUGGACGGCCUACGGAACGUCAUGAUGUCUACAGACCAAGGUCUCUAUCUCGGUCACGAUCCCCGGUUCGUUCUCGGUCGUACUCUUCUCGAUCACGGUCUCCCCUACCCCGACGAGGUAGUCUUCGCGCAGAUUCGCGCCACCGCAGGCGCCGUAGCCCAAGUUACAGCAGUUAUGGUGACAGCAGUCGUAGCCGCAGUCCAGCCAGAAGCCGUGGCCGAAACCGCCACUGA